AUGGAAGAGGAGGGAGGGCAACGAUCAAGCUUUGCCGUAGGGUUGAUAGGGAACCGAGCGAAGGAGGUUGGUGUUGCAGCUUUUGACUUGAGAUCAGCCUCAUUACAUCUUUCUCAAUACAUUGAAACUAGUCGUUCAUACCAGAACACAAAGACAUUGCUGCAUUUCUAUGAUCCGAUGGUUAUAAUUGUACCACCGACCAAACUGUCUGCAGAUCAUAUGGUGGGAGUCACAGAGCUGGUAGAUAAAUAUUAUGCAUCCAACAAAAAGGUCACACUACCUCGUGGUUGCUUCGAUGAUACUAAGGGGGCUGUGCUUGUUAAAAGUUUGGCAGCUAAGGAGCUAUCUGUCCUUGGUUUGGGUACUUUCCAUAAGCAAUACUAUCUAUGCCUGGCUGCUGCUGCUGCCACAAUCAAGUGGAUUGAAGCAGAGAAAGGUGUAAUUGUUAUAAACCGCUCAUUAUUGGUUACCUUCAAUGGUUCAUUUGACCACAUGAACAUCGAUGCUACUAGUGUCCAAAAUUUGGAAAUUAUUGACCCGUUACAUUCUGAAUUAUGGAGCACCAGCAACAAGAAGAGAAGCCUAUUUCAAAUGCUGAAAACAACGAAGACUGUAGGAGGGGCUAGAUUACUUCGCGCAAACUUGUUGCAACCUCUAAAAGAUAUUGAAACUAUCAAUGCUCGAUUAGAUUGCUUGGAUGAGUUAAUGAGCAAUGAGGAGUUAUUUUUUGGUCUGUCACAGAGUCUUCGCAAAUUUCCAAAAGAAACUGAUAAAGUUCUCUGUCGCUUCUGCUUUAAACCUAAGAAGGUCACAGAGGAAGUUUUGAGGCCUGCAAAUGGUAGGAAGAUUCAGAUACUGAUAUCAGACAUCAUAGUUCUCAAAACUGCUUUGGAUGCACUCCCUUUCCUUUGUAAGGUGCUUAAAGAUGCGAAAAGUUUGCUUCUUCAUAAUAUUUACAGGACUGUUUGUGAAAAUAAAAAUUAUGAAGGAAUGAGAAAGAGAAUUGGGGAUGUCAUUGAUGAGGAUGUAGCACAUGCGAGGGCUCCUUUUAUUGCUUGCACACAACAAUGUUUUGCUAUUAAAUCUGGAAUUGAUGGACUUCUAGAUGUUGCACGACGCUCUUUUUGUGAUACUAGUGAAGCUAUUCAUAAUCUUGCAAACAAAUAUCGGGAGAAAUUUAAGCUACCAAAUUUGAAGAUCCCUUAUAACAAUAGGCAAGGAUUUUACUUUAGUAUUCCACAAAAGGACAUCAGCGGAAAGCUUCCUGACAAAUUUAUUCAGGUCAUGAAACAUGGAAAAAACAUACACUGCUCCAGUUUUGAACUUGCUUCUCUUAAUGUUAGAAACAAGUCUGCUGCUGUUGAAUGUUUCAUGCGUACAGAGAUCUUCUUAGAAGGGCUAAUUGAUGUCAUAAGGAAUGAUAUCUCCAUACUAACAUUGCUUGCAGAGGUCUUGAACCUUCUAGAUAUGAUUGUGAACUCAUUUGCACAUGUAAUAUCUACCAAACCUGUUGACCGCUAUACAAGACCAGAAUUCACAGAUAAUGGUCCUGUGGCUAUUGAUGCUGGAAGGCAUCCUAUACUAGAAAGCUUGCACAGUGAUUUUGUUCCUAACAAUCUUUUCCUUUCUGAAGCAUCUAAUAUGGUUAUUGUCACAGGACCAAACAUGAGUGGUAAAAGCACUUAUCUUCAACAAGUUUGUCUUAUCAUCAUCCUCGCACAAAUUGGUUGCUAUGUUCCUGCUCGUUUUGCAUCACUACGUGUUGUCGACCGCAUAUUCACACGGAUAGGGACUGGGGACAAUGUUGAAAAUAACUCUAGCACGUUUAUGACUGAAAUGAAAGAGACAGCAUUCCUUAUGCAAAAUGUUUCUCCAAAAAGCCUGAUUGUUAUGGAUGAACUUGGAAGAGCUACUUCUUCUUCGGAUGGGUUUGCCAUUGCAUGGAGUUGUUGCGAGCAUCUGCUGUCUCUCAAUGCGUACACCAUAUUUGCUACACAUAUGGAAGGCCUGUCUGAAAUGGCAACCAUUUAUCCAAAUGUGAAGAUACUCCACUUUGAAGUGGACUUAAGGAACAACCGCUUAGAUUUUAAGUUCCAUCUCAAGGAUGGUCCACGCCAUGUGCCACAUUAUGGCCUUCUUUUGGCUGGAGUGGCUGGUCUACCAAGUUCUGUGGUUGAAACAGCGAGGAUCAUUACAGCAAAGAUUGCAGAAGAGGAUGUGAAGAGGAUGGAUAUAAACCGUGAGCAAUUUCAUUCAAUUCAAGUGGCAUACCAGGUUGUCCAAAAGCUUAUCUGCUUAAAAUACUCCAACCAAAGUGAGGAUUAUAUUCGACAAGCUCUGCAGAAUCUUAAGGAGAACUUCACGAACGAAAGGUCAAAUUGAUGUCGCAUAUAAAAGUUGUGUGAUACUAUCAGUACUUUGUUAUGUAGGUUUUACAAUUUCUUCCAUUUUAGUCAUUGGCUUUUAUAUCAGAAGAUGCUACUUUGCUUUUUUUUUAUUGGUAACUAGUAGUAGUCUCACAAAUAUGUGUUGUGUAUUUACCAUAAUCUGUUCAUCCUGGUGAGUGCAUUAAGUUGGGUACACUCUGUUCA